GGCUGCUUCGCCGGCAGAGAUGAAGAGUCACAGGCGAAAGAGCAUGGAGGAGACAACUUAUCGAGGAAGACGAAUUCAUUACGAGAAAAAAAAGAUGCAUUUCUCACGUCGUUGAGCGACCGGUGUCAGGGACGAAGGAGCAAACGUAUUCAGAGAAAUACGCCCUUAACCAGCUCAUUGCAUGGGCCAAAUGUCAGGGUGGAUGGACUACUGAGAAUGGAGAGACUCCACCUGACAUUGCCGUUUCUGCCAUCAUGUAUUCAAUUGCAACUGGAUUAA